AUGUCUUCUCACCAAGUUGACGCUAAUGGUUUUCAAGGUUCUCAAAGCUAUAAAAAUAACCUAAACUUACAAAAAUACAGACCUUUAGUUCCAAAGUUACCAUAUACUCAAAUGUUAGGUACUCAAGUAUUAAAACCAAGUACUCCGAUAGUAGCUGCUGAUAUAAACACUCAAGUAAUAGAAAGGUCAAACAUUAUCAUUGAUACUACUACAAGGGAAAGACCAAAUGAUUAUGAUUCAUUGCAUAAAACUAAUGUUCUUCAGCCUAAGGAAAAUACUGGUUUUUUGUUACAUGAUGUUAACUCUGAACUUGAUCCCUGA